AGAUGGCUAGGUGGGUUAUAAGUAGACGUUGUAGGUUAGAAACUUGGAAAGACGUUGAAAGAGGAACCAUAUUUCACCCCACCAAGCAACCCAUCUCUCUCUCUCUCUCUCUCUCUCUCUCUCUCUCUCUCUCUCUCUCAUGUAAUAUAUACAUAAUAUAGAAUAAAAUAUAAAUUGAUGGGAUGAUGAUGAUAUAAUUGUGGUUUUUUGUUAGCCAAGACGUUGCAUCAAUCGCAGGUGUAAGGUCUGUCCAAACCCUCCCACUCUCUAACGGAAAAUACUUUCCAUAUCUCUCUCUUUCUCUCUCUCCCUCUCCUCUCCCUUAUAUAAUUAAUCGAUCAAGCUCAUGGGGAUAUCUGUAUAUCUAUCCAUCUCUCCUGCAGUAGCUUAAUUCUAAUUGUCUUGAUUGCUUUACUGCCUUGCCCCCACGCUCGUCUUCAUCGUUGCAGUUGGCGCUUUAUACAAUAUAUAAUAGACUAGCUACUACGAAGCUAGCUAGCUCCUAUAUAUUAAUCGCCAUCGAUUCAUUGAUGAUCAGGAAGAAGAAGAGCACUGUACUUGUUAUUAAGGAAACAGAGGGGCCGGCCAUCGACGAUCCAACAGUAGUGCGUAGUGAAUUAGAUAGGUAGCUAGCUAGGCAGAGAGGCUUAAUUUUAACUCCUAUUUAUUUGAUUGUGAUCUUCUUGUGUUAUUUUAAUCAAUACACACAAUUGAUCGAGGAUCGAAUAUACACACACACAUACAUACAUACAUACAUAAGAUGUGCACUAGAGGCCACUGGAGGCCAGCUGAAGACGAGAAGCUUAGGGAGUUGGUGGAACGUUAUGGACCUCAUAACUGGAACGCAAUUGCAGAAAAGCUCCAAGGAAGAUCAGGAAAGAGCUGUAGGUUGAGAUGGUUCAAUCAAUUGGACCCAAGAAUCAACAGGAACCCUUUCACAGAAGAGGAAGAAGAGCGUCUCCUAGCCUCUCACCGUAUCCAUGGCAAUAGAUGGGCUAUUAUUGCAAGGCUUUUCCCGGGACGCACUGAUAACGCAGUGAAGAACCAUUGGCAUGUCAUCAUGGCACGCAGAUGCAGAGAAAGAUCUAGGCUUCACGCCAAAUUAAUAAGGACUUCUUCUACUACUAGUACUGCUGUGCCUCAAUCGUCAUUAACGGCGUCCAAUAUUAACAUCGAUAUUCCAAAAUCCUUUUCAAAACAAGAUCACCUGCAAAUCAACUGUGAUAUCACGAGGAACCUUGAUGCAUAUAAUUAUUUUGGGAAAUUCUAUCCACCUUUCACUCAUAAUCCUCCUCCUCCUCCAUUUCCAAGAGAGUUCUAUUAUCCAAAUACCUGUGUCACAAUGCACCAAGAUCAUAAAGAUCAGCCAAUUGAGUUUUAUGAUUUUCUCCAAGUAAAUACUGAGUCGAAUGGAAGUGAAGUGAUAGAUAAUGCAAGAAAGGAUGAGGAGGAGGUUGAUCAGGAAGCUGUGGGACAACAGAUAAGCAAGGCAGCUGGUGCUCCUUUUAUAGAGUUCUUGUCUGUUAAUGGAAGUUCUUAAUUAUAUUUAUAUUACUGGUAGUAAUAUUUGGUGUCUUGAUAUGAAGAUGAUCAAUGACAUCUUAGCGAACGUGUAAAACUAUCAUUAAUCACAUAUAAAAACCCUAACUAGAACUAGUUCUUACCAAUUAGAUGCAUGCAUGUCAAGUACGGCAUCGAUAUGCACAGAAAAUCAUGUUUAAAGAGGGAUGAUCUUUAGCAUAUAGAAAGGAAGAAGCUGUAACGCAAAUAUUGUUAAUGUAAUAUAUGAAGGACUGUGCGUACGCACGUGUACGUUAGAGCUUGUGUAUAUGCAUCUCCUGACAUUUUGUAUACCCUAGUUUUGACUGUGU